AUGUCGGCCACAAGGUUAGCAGUAAAUAACAAAGAGCUCCCUGCAGGUGUCGGGGGAGGUGGAGGUGAGGUCGUCGUAGGCGGAGGUGACAGCACCAGCACCAGCAACACCACCAGAGGUGGCAGCAAUACCGCUAGUGGAGAGGGAAGGACCCACGAGAGGAACUCCGCCGAUUUGUUGGCAAGCAUCGAGAAACCCUCAAGAGACUCCUCACCCAUACGCAGGAAUCUCUCAACUGCUGGUCUCGUAGACAAUAAUCUGGCUCCCCCACUACAUAACUUCAACAAGAGGAGACCAGGCUCUGUAAGGUCUGCAAGGUCCGCCGCAGCUUCACGAGAAACCUCUCCAAUACGUUCAAUCUCAGCUGCGGCUGCGGCUGUGUUGAGAAAUUCCCAACAGCCGGACCUCCAGCAACCACGUCCGCAACGGCCACUACCGAACACAUCCCAUUGGCCUAGCACAUCGCGUUUAGGUCUGUCAAGAUCGCCUCCCUCGGGUUCACAGUCACCUGCCCCGUCACCCCUCAAGUGGAACGAACCCACUAUCACCCCAGCUUCUCUCCCACCAUCCAGAGCAUCGCUGCGAGAGAAAGAAGUUGCGGUGGAGGAUACUGAAGAUUCAAAUCCACCAUCCGGCAUGAAGACUCCCAGAAGCAACGCCAGUCCCUCAUUGGCGACGGUUGUGGAAAGCGUUUUGCCCAACAAUCCAAACCAAGGGGCCAGUAAAUCGUUGUCAGAACAGGUGGCAGCCCUGGUCGCCCGCCAAUCAAACAAUACCCACACAAUUCAUGAAGAAAGCGAAUCAGAAGUUUCUGUCGAAACGGUCAAGGGGCGUGGCUCCAGAGCCCCGUCAAUAGCUCCAUCAAUAUCCUCAUCAAUAGCCCACUCACUGGCAGAAUCCGAAUCUGAGUCUGGGUACAAGAGUGAGGAUAGAUCCAUCCAUGGGACUUCCAGGGCACCACCUCCAUCAAAAACGUUUAGUCGGCGGCCGACAGUGAUGGGUUCCGAUAACUUCUCCGGGAGGAUGACGGUGGAGACGGAGACCGUCACCUCUGUGCCUCAAGUUGCUCUUGGUGCCGGAGUGAUGCCAGGCGGGGCUAGCAUCAGGAGUAAGAAGAGCACUGACACUAUCCGACAGCCGAAAAAGAAAGACAAAAAGUUGUUGAGAAAGCCAGGAGGGGCAGGAAACAGUAACCUGACUAGCAAGACUGAUAUCUUUGCUGCAAAAAUUGCUGAAGCUGUUGAUGAAGCAAACUCCUCCGACUCUGAGGAAACCUUCGUUUACGAAUCUAAUCCUCCAGAACCACCAACUUCUCAUCAUCGCCCAAGAGGAUUUCACCACUCCCGAACACCGAGUGCCACAUCAAUACAAGGAGGACCGGACCCCAGAGGACAGAGAUUACCAUUGCUAUCGUCUAUCGAUGGCAACCAGAGUAGUAGAGGGAAGGGGAUGAAAUUCGCCAAUACUUCCAACAAUAGUAGCAACCUAGGGAACGAAGUGCCUGCCGGAGAUGGGGUUGGAAAUGAAAGAAGCGCUGGGAGUAGCAGCUCAAGGGCCGGUGAAGCAAUGAUGAGCGGAAAGGACAGGGAGAAUGGAAAUACUAGGAACCAGAAUGGACACAGGGCAAUACUAGCCGAGGAAUCUCCGUUUCAUCAUCACCCAUCUCGCAAAGGAUCACGACACUCUCUUGCUGGACAGCACAAUUCAUCAAAAACAUCAUCACACUCUAGUACCCCGCUAAAUGGCUCCGCAUAUCGAAACAGUAACGCCCAAAAGAGGAUUCCUCGCGCCAUACAAUCAUAUGAGGCAGAUGUAGAGGCAGGCUUUGAUGAAAGAGCACCGCUUAUGUCACCCACUGGACGGUCGGGCCGUCGCCGCGACAGGGAUCGUCCUCACAGACCUAACAGUGGAUCACUUCUACAACAGGAUUAUAUCCAACAACACCGUACCAGAGGCUGCCUCAGGACAUAUAUCGGAUGUAUAGUUGCCGUUGCCGCCGUGAUUUUGAUCAUGACUGGUGUCGGGGGAUUCCUGUUUGCAACUACAAAGGCACUAUUGGAAGUAAGAGUUCUUAACGUGACAGGAGUUCUAGUAUCGAAACAAGAAAUCAUGCUCGAUCUGGUUGUUGAAGCUAUCAACCCUAACGCGAUCCCGGUUACCGUUGGAAAUAUGGACGUCAACCUAUUUGCGAAGAGUUCUUAUGUGGGUGACAGGAAAGGGAAAGAUGGAGAGGAACCUGGAGAAGGGGGAGGAGAUGGAGAUGGAGAUGGAGAUGGGAGUGGUGACGGUGACGGUGAUGCGGAUGAUGGUAAGCGGAGUUGGUGGGGAGGCAGAGGGAGGAAGGGCAGGACAGAAGAAAUCAUCAUUUCGCAGAGGGGAUACAGCUCCCAGCUCUCGAUUAGAGCCCAUCCGAACGGUAACGUCGAUGAGGGAACUGACCCCCCUGAAGAUCUCCCUGAAGGAGGGGACCGGCAAACCAUGCUUCUUGGACGGAUCUACAGCUUCGACUCGGCACUCACCUUUGAACCUUCCCCACUCCGGCACAAAACAACGAUUUCAGUUGGUGAAUUGAGGUUAGCUAAGCCCGGAAACAAAACCGAAGAAGGCGGAACAGAGAGAUGGGAAAGAGUCUUGCAACACCCCUUUGAAUUGAUCGUUAGGGGUGUGCUGAGAUAUCAGCUGCCGUUGAGCGGAAGGGUCAGGACAGCGCCAAUCGGGGCUUCCGUGAUAGUUCAUCCGGACGGGUUGCUGAAGACGAAUUUAAAGAACAAUAAUGAAUUUCACGAUGACGAUAUACGAACGGAUAAAUAG